AUGGUAAGAAAAAGUUCAGACAGAGCCAAAAUCCCCAGCGUUGGAGAUGAGGUUAAUCCAUAUGGGUUAAACGAAGUUGAUGAUUUUGCUUCUAAAAGGGAAAAAGUUUUACUUGAACAGUCCACAUUUGGCGACAGCGCUAAGGAUUUUGAUCACUCUUUGCUAGAAGACGAAGAUGAGGAAGAAGUCUUGGCUAUGGAUGAGGAUGAUGAGUCUAUGGAUGAAAGAGAGGAUGAAGAAGAAGAAGAAGAAGAAGAAGAACUAGAUGGUGCUGCAGCCUAUAAGAAAAUAUUUGGCAGAAACUUAGAAACAGAUCAGCUUCCCGAAGAAGAUGAAGAAAAUGGUAUGUUAGACAACGAAAAUGCCUGGGGGUCCACAAAGGGAGAAUACUACGGGGCUGAUGAUUUAGAUGAUGAAGAAGCUGCUAAAGAAAUAGAAAAGGAAGCUUUACGACAACAAAAGAAGCACUUGGAAGAACUUAAUAUGAAUGAUUACUUAGAUGAGGAAGAAGAACAAGAGUGGGUCAAAAAUGCCAAAGAAUUUGACAUGGGUGAGUUUAAAAACUCCACUAAGCAGGCAGACACUAAUAUUUCCAUAAGGGAUAUUCUGAAUAUGGAUGACGAAGCAAGAGAUAACUAUUUAAAGACAAUGUUUCCCGAAUUUGCUCCACUUUCAAAAGAAUUCACAAAAUUAGCUCCCAAGUUUGACGAAUUAAAGAAAUCUGAGAACAAUGAGUUCAAUAAGUUAAAAUUAAUUGCACUUGGAAGUUACCUAGGUACGAUAUCAUGUUACUAUAGCAUCUUAUUGCACGAACUCCAUAAUAAUGAAGAUUUCACGUCCAUGAAGGGCCAUCCAGUCAUGGAAAAGAUUCUAACGACAAAGGAAAUUUGGAGGCAAGCCAGUGAACUUCCAUCUAGUUUUGACAUGAAUGAAGGAGAUGGUUCCGAAAGUGAAGAAACCUCAAACCUUGAAGCCUUCAGCGAAAAGAAGCUGAAUGAGUUAGAGAACAGUGAAGCUUCUGACGUAGAAGAAAAUGAAGAAGAACAAAAGGAAGAAAAUAAUGAAGAAGAAGGAGAAAGUGAUGAAAAAGAUGAUGUGAGUAUCGACGAUUUUGAAGAAUACGUAGCACAAUCGCGUGUGCAUUCCAAACCAAAAUCUUUGUCCACAUCUGAAGCUGAUGACUUUAUUGAAUCUGGAAUUGCCGAUGUUGACGCACAGGAUAAAAAAGCUCGUAGAAGAACUUUGCGUUUCUAUACUUCGAAAAUUGAUCAACAAGAAAAUAAAAAAACAGACAGAUUCAAAGGUGAUGACGAUAUUCCAUAUAAGGAACGUUUAUUUGAAAGGCAGCAACGUCUGUUGGAUGAAGCUCGUAAACGUGGUAUGCAUGACAAAAAUGGCGCUGACCUAGACGAUAAGGAAUACGGUUCGGAAGAUGAAGCAGUUUCCAGGAGCAUUAACGCUCAAGGUGAAAAUGAUUAUUAUCAACAGGUUCAGAGAGGUAAGCAAGACAAGAAGAUUUCUCGUAAAGAGGCUCAUAAGAAUGCUGUUAUCGCUGCAAGAGAAGGCAAAUUGGCUGAAUUGGCUGAAAAUGUCGUAGGUGAUGGUAAGCGUGCUAUCAAUUAUCAAAUUCUAAAGAACAAGGGUCUAACGCCUAGAAGAAACAAAGAUAACAGAAACUCUCGUGUUAAAAAGAGGAAGAAGUACCAAAAGGCGCAAAAGAAACUCAAAUCUGUUCGUGCAGUUUAUUCUGGUGGCCAAUCAGGCGUCUAUGAAGGUGAGAAGACAGGUAUCAAGAAGGGUUUGACGAGAUCUGUCAAAUUCAAGAAUUAA